AUGCUGGAAAUCCACAACCAGUUGCCACUCUCCUUUGGUCGCUUGAGAACUGAAUGCAGCAUAGCUAUAGUUAAUGGUUUAGAUACUGCCACAUUUUUCCUACAACAGCUUCCUAACAAAAAAAGAAGAAAAGAAGUGCAAACAUUUUUCUUAUUUCUUACCAAUCUUGUUAUCGAUCAGUAG